CACACCAACACACACACCUCUUCCUUGGCCUGAUGCCUCCCGCUCGUCGCAGGCCACCCACUCAGCUCCUCCCGAGUCGCACAACUGCACGAUGACAAGAUGGACCACACAUAGCCCUCGCUUCUUGGCCCGGCUCGUGGUGCGGCCUUCUCGGCGUCCCUACAGCUCUGCGGUCCAGCGUAUCCCUGUCCCUUGUGGCAUGUCUGGAAAUGUCAUUGUCGACCUGUACAACUUGGAUACUGCCACAGACACUGCCCCGUUGCUCAUCUACCUGCCGCCUUUCUAUGCGACCCCUGCAUCUGAGCCGGUCCAACUGCCGCCGUUCUGUCGUGAGCUGCCCACUGCCGUCAUCAACUACAGAUGGGCCGGCUUCUCGCCAUGGGAGGACGACGUCGUGACGCCAUUGCCAUCUUCGCCUUCCUCCGUGGCAGCUGAUGAGGUUGCCGACACGCUGCCGUCCGAGCAUCUGCAAUGGCCGGCACCCAUACAUGACACGACCAGGGCGUACUCAUGGCUCCUCGAACAGCUCGAGCCCCCAGCCUACACGCGCCGCAGUGUCUACGUCUACGGCUCCUACCUCGGCGCCUCGCUCGCCACGUCCCUCGCCCUGACCGAGAACCACCCUCACCUGCGCAUGGCGGUGCGCGGCUGCGUCGCCUUCAAUGGCAUCUACAACUGGACCAUGUUCCUGCCCAAUCACCCGAUCCACCACCAGGCAAGGGCUCGUGGUGGCAUCAGUGGCAGUGUGCUCGACCAGUUCAUCACGCCGCCCGAGGACGCCGAGCUCCAGGAGCUCGGCGAGCAUGCAGAGUCGCUGUUCAGGACGCCCGAGAACAUGUUUGACCACUUUGCCAGCCCGUGCUUGUUCUUCCACACACCGGGCCUGCUAGUCCCACCGUCCUUUGAUGACGAGGACAACGCCAGCAUCAGCAGGGCCGUGUACGCAGCCACCAUGCCCUCGCCGUCGCCUUCUGUAGCACCUGACGAGCCCUUCCCAGAUACUCCGUUGCCGUUGUCAUCAUCACCAGCAUCAGCAUCAUCAUCGACGGAAGAGCACGAAGAGAUGAUUGCCCAGAUGGCAGCCCUGAAGCCACUCAGACCGCCACGCAGACAUCCUCUCAUCUUCCCACCCCGGACCUCCACGCUCAAAAUCCCCGAGGCGCUACUCUUGCACACCUCUCCUCCGCCCACGCCGUUCCAGACCAGAGCAGGCGGCAGGAGGAAGGGGGCAAAGAAGCCGGCGGUCACCGCGACGAACAGCUUCGCGCAUCAGGCCUCCGAGCUCGCGGCGGUCAUGCACAAGAGCAUCAACAGGCUUGAGAUCAGGGAGCGCAGGCAGUGGGAGGACGACAGCGGCGAGUUUGACGAGGAGGCCGCGCGCAGGGUGCAGGUGGCCGACGUAGGGCUGAGCCAGGAGUUCUUUGAGCUCCCGCAGCAGGGGCAGGAGAUGGUGAAGACUUGGCUCGAGGACAGGAUGGAGCAGCAUGCUUGAUAACCCGUCUGAGGCCAGGACUGCAAUGGCACCUGCCGGUCGUAGGUGUCCAAUACGAUAGUUUUUAUUCCCUCCAUAACUGUAGACGGGUGAAUGGAAACGAAUCAAUGACUGCAUUCUGUGGAGGAACCGGGCAGACUUACAACGGCAGGCCGCCACGGUGAACCCAUACAUGCACA